AUGCCAAUAUCUGAAUCAUAAAAAAGCAGUUCGCUUUGCUAAAAUAGUUUGAAAAAAUUAACAUCGAAGCUAAGAAUGAGUACAAUCUUAUUAAUAUACACCUUUAUCAUCCUUGGAAUCAGUUUAGCAAUACUUAUUAUAUGUUAGAACAUUCAAUUAUCGAUGGCUACUGAUUAAGUCCAAUUGAUUUCACAAUAAAUAUUAUCACUACAAAACAAGAAAGCUCUAUAAAUUUAAUCGAAUGAUGCUAUGUAUGUGAUAAAGUUUGCAUUUUAUAUGAUAACAACUAAAAUGUCGAAGUUAGUGUUCUUGAACUAUUGGAUGAAUACUGUAGAUUUUAGGAUUGUGUAAGAACUCCAACAUUGCAACAUCAUGCAACAAUUAAAUCAAUAAAUCUAAAUUUCAAGUAAUUGCUUUACUACUAUUGGUAACUUUAGCCUCUAAGGGGCAGAUAUGAAACCUUUUGAAAAAUUGGUCAAUCUUAUGCAUAUUCACUAAUUUACCUUUGAUUUCUACAUUGUUUCUCAAUAAAUAUAUUUAAUUUCUAUUGUAGACAAUUUAUUUACUGUUUAUUACCCAACGAAACCUCUUAAUGAAACUGUUGAGGCCUAUCAGUAAUAAUGGUUCACAAAUUACACUCAGGAGCUAAAAUCAACAAAAACAUUUAUUCCAUAUAAAAUCAGUAAGCUGUUUUAAAUGUCCAACUACAAUUACUUAUUGGCUGCAUAUUCUAAUAUUCUCUUUAAUCCAAAACUACAAGUAACAGGUAUUGCAUCUUUAUUAAUCAAUUUUCCUAAAUUACAAAACUUUUUGUAUAUGGAUCAAUUAAGUUUGAUGGUUCUGGAUGAAAAAGGAACCCUCGUGUAUUCCAAAAGCUAUAUUGAUCAUCAAAUGGAAAACAAAACUGAUUUCAUUUAUAAUGAAACUUUAACAGGAUUUAAUAUCACUGAUUGGGAGGAGAUAAAAAAGUCCAUAAAUCAAACUACUUACCCAAUCUACAAAUACAAUAGUUUAUUAAAAUAAAACGUAUAUAUUAAAGCUUCAUAAUUACCUUAGACGGAGUUAAUAGCAUUAACUUUAUAAAAUAAUACUUAUGAAUAAGAAAUAGCGUCAGUAUUGGAUGGCUAAAUUUAGAAAAUAGUAUCUUGGUAUGCGAAUAUGAGUCUAUAUGCUAUUUUGGUAGACAUUAUUAUUAUAUUACUAACAAUUUUGCCUCUUAGAUUUUUAUUUCGAUCAACAAACUUGGUGUUAGAUAUGAUGAUAAAGUAUUUAAAUGGAAAAUUUGAUUAUAAAAUGAAGGAUGAAGUAUUCAGCCAUCAAUUUCUUUAAUCCAAUGAUAAUUCAUUAUCUAAACUCUAUGAAACUUAUUAGAAAAUUGACAAAACUUUGAAUAAUUCCUAAUUCGAGAAAUCAGAGCAGUGCAAGAUUAUAGAAUCUUUUCAGUGUUUAAAAAAUGAAAAAAUAAAACUAAUUUUCUCAAAGGAUGCAUUAAAGGAUAAGGAAGACUUUAUUCCUCUAUCACUUUUUUACUCGUUAAUUAAAGUUCAUUAAGAAGAUAUAUGA